AUGAACAUCAUGGUUCAAGGGCUUGGGUAUAAUGGGAUUGUGUUCUCGACUGAUAAGAAUGGUGGGUUUGGUGGAUUCUCUGCUUCGGAGGAGUUUCAGAGUCCUCCUCCUCUGUUUGACUCUGUGAAUUCACAGAGUAAUGUUUGUUAUCAGAGCUCUGAAGAAGUUGUGUCUAAGAGGAUUAGACUCUCACCCGAGUUCAAUCUACAGGAAGAGGAAAUCAACUCUUCUGAACAGAGCAGUCCUCUUGGAUUGACAUUGAGAAAGACACCAUCUUUUCUUAAUUUUCUGGAGAUGAAGCUAUCCCAAUCAAAGAAAUCAAAUUGUUCCACCCAGAUUGAUGAUUUUCUGUCUCAACCUAUGCCUGAGAAGCUUAAGGCUUCCAACUUCCCUGCAUCAUUACUUAGAAUUGGCUUUUGGGAGAGAAUUUCCAGGCAUGAAGGUGAUUUGGUUGCAAAAUGUUACUACGCCAAAAGGAAAUUGGUGUGGGAAGUUUUGGAAGGGGCAUUGAAAAGCAAGAUAGAAAUACAAUGGACUGAUAUUUUGGCGAUUAGAGCCAUUAUUCGUGAUAAUGAACCGGGAAUUUUAGAAAUUGAGUUGAACCAACCGCCAUUGUUUUUUCAAGAGACUAUUCCCCAGCCGCGGAAGCACACUCUUUGGAAACAAGGAUCAGAUUUUACUGGUGGUCAAGCUCCCAUUUGCAGGAGGCACUAUGUUAUGUUUCCUCCAGGAGCACUUGAUAAACACUACGAGAAGCUUUUACAAUGCGAUCAAAGGCUACUAAUGCUGAGCCAAAGACCUUUUCCAAGUCAGGAAUCUCCUUAUUUCCACUCAAAUAUCUACAGAUUUACAGAAUUUUCCAUUGGUUUCAAUGGCCGCUACCCUGCAGCUUCUCCAGAAGGGACUGGACUGCAACAUGAAUUCGCAAAUUUUCCUGCUCAUUUAGUUCUUCAGCCUCAUGUUCAAAAUUUCAAACCAAUGCCCAGAUCACCUCUUUCUGCUAUGCACUCAGAUUCACCAAUGUCAGUUAUGGAUUUCUCGCAUAUGGAAGAGAGAGCCAGAAACUACACGUUUGAGAAUCCGGGUACAGGAUAUUGGGGUAAUGAAGGAGGAAUCAACAUUCCAACUCAAGAGUCGUCCGCAAUUGCCUUGGCUGCAAAUGGCAACACAACUUCUCUUUGUCAAAAUUAUAAUGUAUUGAAUCAUGGGGAAGUAGAAAGACUGUAUACUCAAAGCACUGGAAGACUAAUGGACAUUGCAAAAUAUUUGCUAGAUGACUCGCAAGGAGUAUGCUCUGAUGAAAGAAAACGCCUCGAAACAGAGAGUUCAUUGAUAGAGCUACAAGGAGUGAAACCCAUUGCCACAAAUCACGUGGAAUAUGCACAUGAAAAUGAUCAUCUCAAAUUGGAUUCUACUGAGCAAUCUGGAGUAGAUAAUGAACAGCUUUGCCCAAAUUCCAUCUCUUGGUUGCCUCUUCUGGAUCCCCAAGGAAGUAUGAUGACAUAUCCAAACAUCUUCUCGGAGCAAAUAGAGGAAGAAUUUGCAGCUCUAGACUCCACCCAAGAGAUUGUAUUUCCUCAAUCAUUACGCCAAAUCCAGAGAAAUUGUAUUUGGAUUAAUCAGCCUUAUUAG